GCUCCAGUCCCCCUUCCCUGGCCCAGAAGAUGGUCAACGAUCGAUGGAAAGACAUGGGGAGAGCGUCUCCACUCGAGGACGGGCAGCAGGAGAAAUCCCAAAGAAUGAGCUGCGGCUACAUCCUGUGCACGGUCCUCCUGUCUGUGGCCGUCCUCCUGGCCGUUACUGUCACCGGCGCCAUCCUCUUCAUGAACCACUAUCACACCCCUGUCACGGAGUCCCCGCCCAUCAUCAGCACCAACCCUGAGGAGGCCAAUGCUCUGGUCACCAUCGAGAAGGUGGACAGUUCCCGCAUCAACAUCUUCAUUGACCCCAACUGUCCGGACCAAGCCGGCAGCUUCACCCGCCUGGAGGGCUUCCAGUCUUCCGUGCUGCGGGCCGUGAUAGACCAUGACACUGAGAUGAAGUCAUCCAAGGGGCAGGAGCGGGCCCUGCUGGUCACUGUGGCGGAUGAGGUGGCCAAGCUCCUGACUCACACCACUCAGCUGAGAGCCGACUGUGACAGCCUGAAGAAGGGGCACAACGCUAUGGGGCAGGAGCUCAAUGCCCUGCAGAAUGAGCAGGGGCGGCUGAUACAGCUGCUCUCAGAGAGCCAGACCAACAUGGCCCGGCUGGUGAGCUCUGUCAGCGACGUCCUGGACACGCUGCAGAAGGAUCGAGGCUUGGCCAGGCCUCGGCUCAAAGCCGACCUGCAGAGACCUCCAGCCCGGGGAGCCCGGCCCCGGGGAUGUUCUAAUGGCUCGCGGCCCCGGGACUGCUUUGACAUCUACACGAGCGGACAACAAGAGGACGGCAUUUACUCCAUCUUCCCCACUCAUUAUCCCUCAGGCUUCCAGGUCUACUGCGACAUGACGACGGAUGGCGGGGGGUGGACGGUUUUCCAGAGGCGGGAGGAUGGCUCGGUGAAUUUUUUCCGUGGAUGGGAAGCAUACCGGGAUGGAUUUGGGAAGCUGACGGGAGAGCACUGGCUAGGGCUGGCGCGGCUCCACGCCCUGACCACGCAGGCCAGCUAUGAGCUGCGCAUCGACCUGGAGGACUUUGACAAUGGCACGGCCUUCGCCCAGUACGGCACCUUCGGCGUGGGCCUGUUCUCCGUGGACCCGGAGGAGGAUGGCUACCCACUCACCAUCGCUGACUACUCCGGGACAGCAGGAGACUCUUUCCUGAAGCACAACGGCAUGAAGUUCACCACCAAAGACCUGGACAACGACCAUUCGGAGAACAACUGCGCCGCCUUCUACCAUGGAGCCUGGUGGUACCGCAACUGCCACACCUCCAACCUCAACGGGCAGUACCUCAAGGGGCACCACAGCUCCUAUGCCGACGGCGUCGAGUGGUCCUCCUGGACCGGCUGGCAGUACUCCCUCAAAUUCACUGAGAUGAAGACCCGGCCCAUCAGAGAGGAGAAUUAGCCUAACGGCGCAACCCCUCCCCUGCCCCCUCUUCUUCCCCCUCCCCCACAGCUCAGUGUUGUCUUGUCCGUGAGUCAGGGGGCAGUCAGGGUGAAAAGCUCCUCUGAUAAUGCACCGCUUAGCACCAGGACGGGGGCCCAGCGGGAGCCCCCUGCCAGGGGAGGGGUGGCUCAUCCCCCGAGGGUGCAUCUCAGGGGAGAGGCGGUCACUGCCGCCUCCUUGCUCCGAGCGCCUCCAAGGACACGUGCCCCCCGGCGGUGGAGUCAGCCCACCUGCGUUUGGCCUCCCCCCUUGCAGCAAGCCCUGGGCUCAGGUGUGCUUAGGGGUGGGGAGGGGCAUCAGCCUGCUGGGCCUUGGCUUCUUAUUACAUGGCAGCUCCAGUGAGGCGGCAGGUGAAAAUCCCUUGGUAAAGCCCCCGCAGGGAGUGGAGAGAAUCAACCCGCCGCGAGGCGACUGAGAAGUUAGUGACAGUCCCAGGAGGCAGCGGCUGGCCUGUAGUUCUUGAUGGGCUUUGCCAAGGGGGUACAGCAGGCACCGAGAAGGGGGAAGCCAUGGUGAGAACAGAACCCAGGAGGCCCGACUCCCAGCCCCUGCACACAAUACCAGCUGGCCCCAUAGGAAACACCACCCCAUGUUGAUUCCCUGGGCUCCGAGCACAUCUAGAGGGCUGGGCUGGCAGGUGCCCCAGCUGGAAAGGUGCCAUGUACAGAAUGCAGCCCCAGGGGGCUCAGCAGAUGACACACAAAGGCUGCAGAAAGGGGACAGUGCAGAUCCUGCACAGUUCUUCGUACCCACCCUGGGUCACUGGAGUUGUCUCCUCCCCACCAGCCACUCGCUCUCUGGCUCCAAAGCUCCACUGGUGACCGGAUGCCUGCUCUCCAGCAGGGAGAAGGGUUGCAUCUGUCCAGGGCAGGGGAGGAUACAACACCUGGCCCUGCUUCCUGCUGGGGUUUAGCCCAGGUGUGCCUUUGGAUUUAUGAGCAAUUCCCCCUCCCAUUCAAAACAGCCCCACAUCCCAAAUCCAGUUUCUGCUGCUGCUCACCAGCUGCAGCCUCUCACCCUGUGACGUUCCCAUGCCCAGCAACGACUUUACCACCCUCCCACAGUCUGCCAUCCAGGCAUGGGGGGGGACACAGUAAUUCAACCUUGGAACUGAGAUGGAGGUGACCCCAAACAGUCCACCAGCUCUCCCAGCCCCAUGGCUGCCUUAUGGGGCUCGCUGUAUCACUACAUGCCACGUGGGCACGCUUGGCAUUGCACACCACACAGCCCUAGGGUUUAGACACCCAGAGAGUAUUGGCUGGACCCCUCAGAAGGGAUGAUUGGCACUGCCCCAUGGCAGCUGUGUUGGCCAAGGUGGUGGGGCAAAGCUCACAACUGCAGCUUUGGAGGUGGGAGGGCUCCAAGCAGGUAGCCAGCUGAAGCUCCCAGGCGACCCUUAGGGGAUAUGUUUAAUGGAGUCUCUUUGCCAACCAAACUCACUCGGAAGGGGGCAAACCCAGACCCCCUUUGUGGAAACGUGACCUUAGCUCUAUGGUAGCUGUGACCUUCCCCCAGCUCCUUCAGAGGCUGGCUGCAGGAAAGAACAGCUGGUUCUCCACGGGGGAAUCCCUGCCCCUGUCCCCUCGGUGCAGAGGACAGAGAGCUGGCCUCCAUUUCCAGCCC